UCCUUGACUGCGACAGCGACAGUAUCUUCGCCUGUUUUUACAGAGCCCUCGGGACUAUUUACCUCAGAGUGGCGCCGUGAGCUCAACGGAGCUCCCAGGUCAGGACAUGGCAGAGGAGAAGGUCCAGCUGCGAGACAUGGAGAGCGGCGCCAAGAAGCGAAAUGCCAGCCAUCCAUUGAACACCUACGAGCGGGUAAUCCAACCAUGUGUAGCCGAGCUUGUGGGCACUGCGUUCUUCGUGUUCGUGGGCUGUGUCUCGGUCAUUGAGAAUGUGGAGGGGACCGGUAGGCUGCAGCCUGCUCUGGCACACGGCCUGGCUGUGGCGGUCCUGGUGGCGUGCAUGGCAGAGGUCAGCGGUGCCCACUUCAACCCGCCGUUCACCAUGGCUAUUUACCUCUGUGGGGGCAUCCAGAUGAACAUGGUGCUGCCCUACAUUGCGUCCCAGCUCAUUGGAGGAGUGCUGGGUGCUGCCAUGUCAAAGGUGAUGACAAAAGCAGAGAACUACACCAGCGCGUACGGAGCCGCCUUCACCGUGGUGCAGUCGGAGGAGCAGCUGAUGCCGGCCAUCUUUGGAGAGGUGGCCAUGACGUGCGUGGUGACCACCGUGGUGCUGAUGGCAGCCGUCAACGCCAAGAGCAAGAGCCCCAUGGCACCCUUCCUCAUCGGAUGCACCGUCAUCGUCAACAUCUUGGCAGGAGCUGACAUAUCUGGAACGUGCCUGAACCCGGCCAGGGCGUUGGGCCCCGCGGUCAUGAUGGGCUACUGGAAGUACCACUGGGUCUACUGGCUUGGGCCACUCUCUGGAGGCCUGCUGGCCACCCUGCUGGUCAGACUCCUUCUUGGGGACCGCAGACUCCGUGUCAUCUUCAAAUAGGAAUCUUCAACAAGAAUCAGAAUUUUCAACAAGAAUCCAAAAAUGUUGUGGGGUUUUUUUAGGCAAAAUUGCGGGCCGUUGACCAGGAAUGGCCAGCUAGGGAUAUUUGCGCCUUAAAUCGUACACUGUGCAGAAGGCUUUGUAGAUCUCAAUCAACACCCACACAGUGCUAAUUGACAUUAACCACCAAAGAUGAUUGAGUGGCCAUCCUUUGUACGUACAAUUAAUGGAAACUCAAGCCAUUCACUGACAGAUCAUUUGUCAAGAGCUUCUGUUAUUACCCUGGUGCACACGGCAUAUAGAUCCCAGACCUCGCAUAGUUUUUGGUUGAGGCUUGCCCUCAAGUGCUGCAAAGAAUCGCUGUGGUCUCCGUCUUAAGCAGGCACUGCUGUCAAGAAUAAUUGAGGACAGCAGCUCCCCCUGUUUCUUGUUACAACUGGUAUGUGUGAAAAACAAGCAAAUAGUGUUUGAAUUGUAAAACAAGCAAGGCGACAUUGUUUUCUAAUACAUUUGGUGCAAAAUUAUCAUUGACCAUUAAAAAGCAAAUUCUUUGAA